CUGCGCACCGCCCAGGCCGGAGCCGACGCGCCGCAGACUCGGGCGCCUGGACCACGAGCGCGAGGAGCCAUGGCCACUACCAACGGGACGGUAGAGAAUGGACAGCCCGAGAGGAAAACGUCUGCCCUGCCUCGCCCCAUCCGCAACCUGGAGGUCAAGUUCACCAAGAUGUUUAUCAACAACGAAUGGCAUGAAUCCAAAAGUGGAAAAAAGUUUGCCACAUAUAACCCUUCAACUAUAGAGAAAAUAUGUGAAGUCGAAGAAGCAGAUAAGACAGACGUGGACAAGGCCGUGGAGGCUGCGCAAGCUGCCUUCCAGCGGGGCUCGCCGUGGCGCCGGAUGGAUGCCCUGAGCCGAGGCAGGCUGCUGCAUCAGCUGGCGGACCUGGUGGAGCGGGACCGGACCAUUCUGGCUACCCUGGAAACAAUGGAUACUGGGAAGCCAUUCCUUCAUGCCUUUUUCAUUGACCUGGAGGGCUGCAUAACAACCCUGCGGUACUUUGCAGGGUGGGCGGACAAGAUACAGGGCAGGACCAUCCCCACAGAUGACAACGUUGUGUGCUUCACCAGGCAUGAGCCCAUAGGUGUGUGCGGAGCCAUCACUCCUUGGAACUUCCCCCUCCUGAUGCUGGUAUGGAAGCUGGCUCCAGCCCUGUGCUGUGGGAACACCGUGGUUGUGAAGCCGGCAGAGCAGACCCCCCUCACCGCCCUUUAUCUAGGCUCUCUGAUCAAAGAGGUCGGGUUCCCUCCAGGUGUGGUCAACAUUGUGACGGGAUUUGGGCCCACAGUGGGAGCCGCCAUUUCUUCUCAUCCACAAAUUGACAAGAUAGCUUUCACGGGAUCCACAGAGGUUGGAAAGCUAGUUAAAGAAGCCGCCUCCCGGAGCAACCUGAAGAGAGUGACGCUGGAGCUUGGGGGCAAAAACCCUUGUAUCGUGUGUGCCGAUGCUGACCUGGACUUGGCUGUGGAGUGUGCCCAUCAGGGUGUGUUCUUUAACCAAGGCCAGUGCUGCACAGCUGCCUCCAGGGUCUUCGUGGAGGAACAGAUCUAUGCCGAAUUUGUCCAGCGCAGCGUGGAGUAUACCAAGAAGCGGCCUGUCGGAGACCCCUUUGAUGCCAAGACUGAGCAGGGGCCCCAGAUUGACCAAAAGCAGUUUGAUAAAAUCCUCGAUCUGAUUGAGAGUGGGAAGAAAGAAGGUGCCAAAUUGGAAUGUGGGGGCUCAGCCAUGGAAGACAGGGGGCUUUUCAUCAAACCCACUGUGUUCUCAGAAGUAACGGACAACAUGCGGAUUGCCAAAGAGGAGAUUUUUGGACCAGUGCAGCCAAUAUUGAAGUUCAAAAACAUUGAAGAAGUGAUAAAAAGAGCAAAUAGCACAGACUACGGCCUCACGGCAGCUGUAUUCACAAAGAACCUUGAUAAGGCCCUGAAGCUGGCAGCUGCAUUAGAAUCUGGCACGGUCUGGAUCAACUGCUACAAUGCCAUCUAUGCACAGGCACCUUUUGGUGGCUUUAAAAUGUCGGGGAACGGCAGAGAAUUAGGUGAAUAUGCUCUGAGCGAGUACACAGAAGUGAAAACCGUCACCAUCAAACUCGAUGACAAGGCAGGGUCCUUCCUCCAACGUUGA